AGACUGAACUCAGGGCACAUAACCAAACAUUCAAAUGCGCGGGUUACUUACAAACUGUAAACAGCGGUAUUGUUUUGCUAACGGUAACGUUGGUAAUCAAGUGAACAAAACAACUGCCCCACCAGCCUUCACAUAAUUGUGUACUUAUUCCUAACGUGAUUUUUACAGAUUGGAGUCAGAUGAAUGCAUUCUAGGGGGAAGUUAAAAACAAGAGGUACUGAAAUCGAAAUGAUAGCUAGCUAGCUGCUAGCUUGACUCUCGCUGUUGGAACAGUUGUCUAACGUUAUCGUCAAAAAGAAGACAUAGCUGACUGUCAUAAAUGGAGACAAAGUACCCUACCUUGAGGAGACCAAAGAGGAAGCUCUGCUACCUUACAAACAAAGAAAGUGUGACUAAACAAUGGCAAGGAACACUGACAUUGGGAGAUGUUGAUAAGAUGUUUGAUGACUUGGAUUCUUGCUCAGAGGAUGACCUGUUUGCCCCUUCUCUUAUGCUCCAAACCUCUGAUUGUGAGACAAACCAGAGUGAGAGAGAGGCUUCACCAGUCCCACAGGAGGCACCCCUAACCAAAAUACCUCCAAUAUGCCAGAUGGGUCCUAAAGGAGAUGUCCUGCUUCCUGCAACAAUGUCACCCAGUCCUAACCUGGACAUUGAUUUGGACAUCCCAUUCGACGUGCACGGACCUGUGAAGACAUCCAGCCCUAUUGAAGAUAAUGUCGUUGUGGAAAGUUUAGAAGUGGAGGGCAAUGAAAAAAAGCAAGUUGAGCCCCCAAUCUUCUUUGACUGUGAAGAUGAUAUAAAGGAAGACACCAAAACCCAGAAACCCCAGUCCGAUGGGCACAUUAAAGAGGAUGAUGACUGUGAGUUGGAGUCUCCUCCAAGCGCGAUAACUUUUAGCAAAUCCAUGAUGUCCAGUCACAAAAACAAGCUGCAGGGUUCAUGCAAAGAGAGUCAACCAGUCAGAGAAAAAACACAUAAAAUAACUCAAAUACCUGUCAUGGAGGGCAAAAGAAAAACCGCAAGGCAAGAAUCUGAGUCUGAACCCACGGCUCCUGAGAAACGGCCAAAAAGUGUUCACGGCCAGCCACCGGCAGAGAUGUCGACCCGUGUGGGAAAAGACAUGACAGCGUUUCUACAGAAGCUCAGAGAUGCCAGACAGCCAAAACCUGCAUGUUUCAGGAAGUCGCUGUCACCAGUUAAAGAUCCCAAUCCUCCUGAGCCAGAGGAUGAUUUUCUGAUUUUGGAGGAUGAUACACCUUUUUGCUUUUCCAUCCCAAGUAAAACUGCCACCAGUAAAAGACAGCAGCAGAGCAGAACUUCCAGCACAGACAAAGACAGUUCAACAGACAAGGGGACGAAAGACAGCGCACUCGAAACUGCUCAAAAAGAGGAGGAACCAGAAAAGGCCAGUGCCAAACUGAGAGUUCAGCCUGUUAAUCAGAAAAUGAAGAAGAAGAAAGGGAAAGAGAAGAAUGAAGUGAGUGGGCCUGGAAAUGAUGAGGAUGAUUUGGCCAGUCCUGAGGAUCCCCCUGCAGGUGACAUGGUGGAACCAGAGCAACCAAAUAAAACGAAACAGCAACGACUCAAAAAGAUCCCAUCAAAAGAGAGUGACAAAGCAAAGGAGGAACCUAAAGACACAGUCGGCAGAAAACCAGAUGAAGAAGAACCAACUCAGAAAGUGGAAAAGAAAUCUCAGAAAUCCUCUGAGAUGAAAAGCUCAAAGCUGUCGGAAGAUGGGAAAGAAAAAGCCAAGACAAGCAAGGCUAAGUCAUUAAAGGGGACCAGAAAAGCGAGGCAGGGACCCGAAGACAUAAAGGAGACGGUGUAUGACGAGGCUGUGGAGGAACAAAGUCGGGAGCAGAAGAAUAAGAAGCAUGCAGAUGGUCGAGACCUGGGUUCCCCCUCAGACAAAGAAAUGAUGAAUUCUGAUGCGCAGACAGCGGAGGACUUAGCAGACGGAAAGACUAAACAGAACACGCUGUCGGUCGUGUCUGAAGGGAGCUUGUCUGAAGAAAGUCAGAUUCUCGGGAAACGGAAAAGGAAACAGACUGGACAGUGGUGGUUGAGUGGUACUCAGAGCGCAGAGGAAACAAAGGCUACAGACAACCAGCCAACGCUCAAGAAGUCCAAACAGCACAACAAAGAGCCCAGCGCAACAGAACCAUCACCUGUGAAGGCCAAGAAGGACAGACCCUUAAAGAAAAGAAAUCAGAAACAGCCUGCCCCGUCGUCCAGUCAGAGCACAACUUUAGCUAGAGAAAGGAAACCAAAACAGAACAAAAAAGGAGGAGUCUCACGAGAAAAGACAAAAGCAGUAGAUGAAGUAUUUAACACGAUUGAGGCAGAGCAGUUUGAAGAGCAGCAGCAGCAGGAGGAGGAGGAGGUCCCGGAUCACGACCUGGAUCCUGUGCACUCAAGCCCUUUGGUCUUGGCACACAGAGACCUCAGUCUUAACCCAGGGGAGCAGUUAUUUCAGAGGGUAUACAAUCAUGUCUCCGGCACACCCGGGUGUCUCUCUCCCAGAAGACCUCUGGAGAAGCACAGGGCAGCAGGACGAGAGAGACGGAGCAGGAAACCUCCCGGUAACUGGUGGACGGUUAAUGAUAUGUCCGAGGACGUUGGGAGCACCUCCUCACAACCUCAGCAGCUUAAUCCCAAGGAGCCCAAACCUCGUAAGGACAGAAAAAAACAGAGCAGAUCUCCUAGACUUGGAGCUCCCAAAAACGGCAACAUGUUGGUCUCAUCAAAACCACUGGGGGGAGCUCAUGUUUCUCCGCUGAAAGUGAAGCCACUGUCUGCUCCAAAGACUGUCAAACGCUCUCUAGCCAUGUUUAAAGAAAUAUUCACAUCAGGUGCAGAGACACCGACUGUACUCAGCAGCAGAGACAAAGGUCAGAAUAACACACAUAAUGUCAACGCGCCUCCUGCUGAGGAAGUCACUGUUACUGACUGUUACACGGUCAGUAGGACUGAUAAAGAGAUACUUAGCUUGGAUGCUAGUGAGUUCAGGAGCUCACAGAACAGCUCCAUCAAUCACGGCGUUCCACAGGACAAGUGUCAGCCAGAGAACACGUUAAAAGAUUUCAGAAGUGGACCAUCCUCUAUGAUUGAGCUGGCCGAGUAUGAGGAGAGUGACUCAUGUCUGCCAUCGUCCAGAGUUCAUGCUGCGCUUUCUGUAUCAGAUCUGUGUGCUCCUCCUCUCAAACCGCUGACCUUACAACCGAAAGAUAAGGCCAACCUGACAGAGUGGUUUAGGACUCUCUGGUCUACCACUGUCAACAGUGGUACUGACAUCACUCCGGACCAGUUUGACUGGUACUUCUAUCAAGGCAGAGCGAUUGGCGUCCUGGCGGAUCUGAACUGUGGCUCCAUCUGUAAUGGAAAGAUCCUGCUGGGUUCCUACAUGAAGAAGCCUCUCUUGGUGGAUCACAGCGCCACAACAGUUUUUAACUUAUUAACAAGCUCUGUGAAUGUAACCAUCAAUGGCAUAAAGUCCCACUUCAACCCAGGACAAUCCUUCAUGGUGCAAUGUGGACAUGCCUACAGCAUCCAGAACGUCACUGCUCAACCUGCAGUUCUGUAUUUCACCAGGAUAUCAGCAGAGAGUUCAGAUUGAAGUCACCAGCUGGAUGGUGGAUGGAUUACCAGCCACAUGUUCCUAAGAAGUGACCAAAUACCUAAGGGUUAAAGAACAGACUGGUGAUGUGUAAAGUUAUUUUUAUAUUUAAAUAGGCUUACUUUCUGUAAUGAAGUAUAAGUUGUAAAUAGAAAAAAAAUGGAUGUAAGUUUUUAAUGAUCUUAUUUGAUCCUUAGCUUUCCUUUAAUUGAUCGAUAAAACUGAUUUGUGAAUAAACUUUUGUGCUAUUUGUUA